CGUUAACAGCACAAGUGGGGCAAGGAUGCUGACGUAUCUGGCCUGGAGGGACUAUACUGAAAUUUGCCCAAAAACACGUCUUCUUGCAGAGCGAAAGGUCCUUUCCGCCGCGAGGUCACUCCCGCGCUGUGUAGCGCGUACACAAAAUUGGAAGCGGCGCUCGGGAGAUGUUCGAAGGAAUGCCCCAAUGAGGAUCUCCACCUCCGCCUCCGCCUCCGCCGCAGCGAGGGGCCUCCUCCUUCUCCCUCCCCCUCUCGGCUCCUCCAUGGGAGCCGCACCUUACUUCUCGACGAGGAUUCACCACGUCCCCUUCCGCAACAAGAAGCGCUUCAUCUCCUCUUCGACUACGACUACAAGCAGCAGCUCCUCACAAAUAAAUGAGCCAUUGUUGGUGGUGGUGGGUGGUGGUGCAGCUGGGAUAUACGCUUCAAUAAGAGCGAAAACCCUAGCUCCUCAAUUGAAUGUAUUGGUUAUCGAGAAAGGAAAGCCUUUGUCAAAGGUAAAAAUUUCUGGGGGAGGCCGUUGCAAUGUGACCAAUGGACAUUUUCUUGAGGCAAUGAGAUUGACAGAAAACUAUCCUAGGGGAAAUAAGGAACUGCGUGGAUCGUUCUUUAAUGUUCAUGGCCCACAAGAUACCAUGGGUUGGUUCUCUGAUCAUGGGGUUCCGCUUAAGACAGAAGAUGACGGGCGAGUUUUCCCUGUUAGCAACAGCUCAGCUUCUAUAGUAGAUUGUCUUCUUAAUGAAGCUAAAAGGGUUGGAGUUUCAUUGCAGACUGGUAAAGUUGUCUCAAGCACAUCUGUUGUUGGCAAUGGGAAAUUUCUUCUGAAGGUUGAGAAGCGCACAAUAGACUUUGUAGAACAUCUAGAGGCUACGUAUGUCUUAGUUGCCACUGGGAGCAGCAAACAGGGCUACUCGAUCGCUGCCCAGCUUGGUCACUCCAUUAUUGACCCAAUGCCUAGCUUAUUCACAUUUAAGAUUGAAGAUGCACAACUGGCAACCUUGUCUGGGGUGACAUUUCAAAGAGUUAAAGCAAGGCUUAAACUGGACAAUGUCUCCAGGAGUAUACCUGAAUUAACUCAGGUUGGACCUAUGUUAGUGACUCACUGGGGACUCAGCGGGCCAGUGAUUCUUCGGUUAUCUGCAUGGGGAGCGCGUGAGCUAUUUCGUGCCAAUUACACAGGAAUGCUGUUGGUUGACUUCGUGCCUGGCAUUCAUAUUGAAGAGGUGAAAAGCAUCCUCUUUCACCACAAAGAUCAGUUUGCGAAGCAUAAAGCAAGCAAUUCAUUUCCCUUGGCAUUUGGUUUGGUGAAAAGAUUUUGGAGGUUUCUACUGGAAAAGGAGGGUUUAGAUGGUGACAUGUUAUGGUCUUCCAUUCCCAAGAGCAAUUUGAUUUCCAUAGCACUUUUGUUGAAGCAAUACUCAUUUAAGGUAGUAGGAAAGGGUCAGUUUAAAGAUGAAUUCGUCACUGCUGGGGGAGUUCCACUUUCAGAGAUUUCUCUUAACACCAUGGAAAGCAAGAAGCAACCAAAUCUCUUCUUUGCAGGAGAGGUGCUCAACAUUGACGGAAUUACUGGUGGAUUCAACUUUCAGAAUGCAUGGACUGGUGGAUACAUUGCAGGGACAAGCAUCGGCACACUAGCAUCAAGUUACCUGAUGCGAGAGGUGUCAUGAGCAAGACCUGAUAUCUGCAGAGUAAAACGAUUUGGAGGAACUCAGGACACAUUAAACAAGCCAAAGUUGCAAGAAAUUACAGGGAAAGGUUUAUCGUAAAACGGCUUGUUGAUUUCUCACGGAACUAUCUAUAAAUAUAUAGCACCAGUUUCGGUCAAUGAGGGUACUGCUGCUCAGAAGUUCCCAGCUAGAGAGAACACCGAUGCAGGAGCAACGCAAAGUCUUCAAUGUUUCCAUAAUGGUCGAGAACACGAGAAGUAUCUGUCAGAAAAAAAGAAAAAAAAAAGAAAAAGAAAAAAACGAACUAGAAUACGCCUUUAAUUACUUAGUUCUUAGAAAAAUAUUUACGAUCUUUAUGGAUGUGGAUGAAGCAUAUAUUUUACUUCUGAAAACUGAAAACUCUCUAAAUAUUGUGGGUAACUUGUGCAUGUUAAUGACUUACACGUCCCUGCAAACUUUGAUAAAUUACAUGUGAGUCCCUGGCAAGGGAAAUUACUUUUGGGAGA